ACGUUAACGUGGGAAAAAUGUGAGUUUUCAUUUUACUGUAUGCAGAUUUUUAACCAGUGACCACAAACUUAUGAUGAUCACCUUGAGUGCCAGUCCUAAUAAGGAAUGGACCCCAACAUAACGCUAAUGUACGUGGCAAGUCGAGGGAAGUUCAUCCCCCGAAAUUCAUGUCGUGUCAUUUUGUCAAGGGAGAACAACAGAAAGCGUCUCCCCCCUCAGUUUGAAGACAGCAUAGACAAAGUGUGGGACACUAGAGUCCAACAAAACAACCUACUCUUUAAUGGCUCCAAAUUUCGAGUGGCUUCCAUAGAUGUUAAUUCUGAAGGGCGUACGAUUUUGAACUUGGGUCUGACCUGUUACAAAGAUUUCAUUGGAACAAACUGGUCGCCUGAUGCAAAGUGGUUUCAGGAGCUUGGUCGCCGUCACCAUGGCAACUCACAGGCAUUCAUGUCUGAUGCCCUAGGGGUGGGAGCGCUUGUGCUAACAAGUGACAAUCAUGUAAUACUACAGAGAAGGAGCGAGAAUUGUGGAGAAGCCGGGGGAUUGUGGGAUGUGCCAGGUGGACAUGCUGAACCAGAGGAAAUUGUUGGGAAGGUGGACAUCUCUGACAUGGACCCUGGAGAUUUGCCUGCCUCUGACGUGUGUAAUGAAGUGUUUGACUCCAUCCUGAGAGAGGUCAGGGACGAGGUCAACAUCCCUCUGUGUGACCUUGAUGACCCAAAACUGAUUGGAGUGGCGAGAAAUACGACUAGUGCCGGACGACCUAGUCUGGAAUUUCUUGUCAGCUGCCACCUGUCUGCUGCAGAGGUUGCCGAGGGUUACCAUCGAGGCACACAGCCAGAGGCUGAAGAGAGCACCACGAUCAGACUGAUACCACACACAGUGGCACUGACUUUACAAGAGUCAGACAAAGACUUGUGGAGCAAGUUAGCACCCUCAGCCAAAGGCUGCUUGACUCUCUAUCGAACUGUUCUCUCAGCCAGAUAACCAUUCCUCAGAUUAGCCAUUGGCCCAGUGCGUGGGUGUGUUAUUGUGGAGAAGAAAAAAGUCUGUAGUUGUGCCCACAUGCAAAGCGAGAGGGAUGUGUCAACAUGUAAUACAGGAAUUUUUGAAGUGUGCAGGUCAGCACGCAAUAGAGAAAGUGUGCAGGUGUUAGCAUGCAGGACAAAGUGUGCAGAUGUGUCAACACGCAAGACAGAAAGGGUGCAGAUGUGUCAACAUGUAAGACAGAAAGGCUGUAGAUGUGUUAACAUGUAAGACAGAAAGGGUGCAGAUGUGUCAACAUGUAAGACAGAAAGGCUGCAGAUGUGUCAACAUGUAAGACAGAAAGGCUGCAGAUGUGUCAACAUGUAAGACAAAAAAUAUGCAUGUAAGACAGAUGGUGUAAUGACGUGAUUUCUGUUGACAGCUCAGUGUGGACAGCACAUUAAAUCACUGAUUUCUCAUAAGACUCGCAGAAAGAUCUGAACUGAAUUUAUAAAGGUCCCACAAUGAUGCAAACAACUUGCACAACUGCGAAGUAAAAACUGUGAUCAAGUUUUCCGAUUAAGACAGCCAAAGUGACUUUGACAAAAAUGGUUAAAUAUGCAAAAUUUUUAUUUUCAUGAAAUAAAGUUUUACUUUUGAAUUGUCG